AAAAUCAGAAAAUAAUGAACGAGUUUCAGCCAACUGCACCUUAUUCACGCCACAAACAACCUAUCGAUGUGAUACCAAUAUUUAGCCCGCGACAAUCAGCUGCUCGCUACUGCGAUAGUUCGAAAGAAGAAGAGAAAAAGCUGACCCAAGCUCGACACUUACUAGACUUCACUUCCGACUACUUAAACGAUGAAACCACACAAAAGUCAAAGCAGAUAAGAAGGCCCCCCUCACCACCCCCAACGAUUGUGCUGUGUGCUGGAAAAUUGUUGCUGCGCACAGGAGAGGAGAGGAGACGGACACGACAGAAGACGUAGACAAACCAAACGGGUGGAAAAAGAGGUCCAAAGCUGCCAGGCGGGCUUGGCUAACGUAUGACGGAGAUAAAGAUAAAGCCCCACAGUCAGUGCAUUGAAGAAAAGAUACCAGCUGGCAAAAUCAAGCGAAAAGUGGAGCUAACUAGGUGCCUUCAACAAUAAUAUAAUCAACAGCAACAGCUGCGUGAGUGUGUUUGUGUGUGCAAUAGUGUGUGUGUGUGUACUGUGUGUUGGGUGCGCAGUGUUGUUGGUGCCGUCGUCGUCGUCGUUGUUGCGUCGUGGUGGUCGUGACACAACAGUAACAAAAUAUUGAGCCGUCGAGCAAAACACAUAAUGUGGUCGUUCUUCUCGCGCGACUCCACCAAAGACUUCCCCUACGACAUUGGUGAACCAGUCAGUGGCUUCGACAACUACUCCAUAUGGACGCUGCACAAGGCCAAGCGCAAAGGCACCCUCGAGGAGGUCUCCGUCUUUGUCUAUGACAUACGCAGCGGCUCUGACACGAAAUGUGAGCUGGCCAAGGCGGCAUUGAAGCGGCUGAAAACGUUGCGUCACCCGAGCAUACUGCAAUACUUGGACUCACUGGAGACGGACAAGAUGCUGUACGUGGCCACGGAGGCGGUGGAUCCACUGGGCACAUAUUUCACCAAACUGGCCACAGACAAUGUCCAGAAGGGCCUCUACCUGGCCUGGGGCAUCUUCCAGAUCACGCGUGCCCUGUCCUUCCUCAACAACGAUGGCAAUCUGAGGCAUAACAACGUGUCUGCCUGGUCGGUAUUUGUCAACGCUUCGGGCGAGUGGAAGCUGGGCAGCCUGGAGUAUGUUUCCGCCGCCGAUGGCAAUCCCAUGCCGCCGGUGAAAAUCCCAGUCACCCUGGAGGUCUACGACUCGCCCGAGAAGAAUGAUCAGAGCAAGCUCAAGGCGGCCACCAAAUGUUCUGUGGACAUGUGGGGCCUGGGCUGCCUCGUGUGGGAGGCGUUUAAUGGGGUUCUGAAGCAGCGCUCGAACCUCAAGGAUAUCGAUCACAUACCCAAAUCCCUGCAGUCGCUCUACUGCGAGCUGGUGGGUGCCUCGCCUUCGAAUCGGCCCAAUCCGGCGGAUAUCAUUACCCGCUGUCGGAAGCCGGGCGGCUUCUUCAAGAACGAUUUGGUGGACACUCUGCUCUUCCUGGAGGAAAUCCAAAUCAAAGACAAGGCGGAAAAGAAUCGGUUCUUCAGUGGCCUCACCACACACCUGGACAACUUUCCCGAUAAUGUGUGCAAGCACAAGAUACUUCCACAGCUGAUAAACUCGUACGAGUAUGGAGAUGCGGGCUCCGCUGUGCUUGCGCCCAUGUUCAAGCUGGGCAAACUGUUGGACGAGUUGGAAUAUCAGAAGCGGAUUGUGCCCUGCGUCGUCAAGUUGUUUGCCUCCACGGAUCGUGUGACGCGGUCACGUCUGCUGCAGCAGUUGGAUCUGUUCAUAGCCCAUCUGCAGCCACAGGUGGUCAACGAUCAGAUAUUCCCGCAAGUGGCUCAUGGAUUUCUGGACACAAAUGCCACCAUUCGCGAGCAGACGGUCAAAUCGAUCAUUCAUUUGGCUCCCAAGUUGAAUUACAAUAAUCUCAACGUGGAGGUUCUGCGCCAUUUUGCGCGUCUGCAGGCGCGCGAUGAUCAGGGUGGCAUCCGGACCAAUACGACCGUGUGCCUGGGCAAGAUUGCACCGCAUUUGCAUCCGCAGGUGCGUCAGCGUGUCCUGGUCUCUGCCUUUAUUCGUGCCAUGCGAGAUCCAUUCCCGCCGGCACGUGUGGCCGGCGUAUUGGCGCUGGCCGCCACCCAGCAGUACUUUUUGCUCAGCGAGGUGGCCAAUCGUGUCUUGCCAUCGCUGUGUUCGCUGAGCGUUGACCCGGAGAAGACAGUGCGCGAUCCGGCGUUUAAAACCAUACGCGGAUUCCUGGGCAAGUUGGAGAAGGUAUCCGAGGAUCCCAGUUUGCGUGAGACGAUGGAGGCUGAUGUGCACACGGCAACGCCAUCGAUCGGCAAUGCUGCAGCCACCUGGGCGGGAUGGGCUGUGACGGCCGUUACAGCCAAGUUCUAUCGCAGCCAAAGUGAUUCAUCUAGACCAAGACCACCUUUAACUGGACGCAAUCUAUCCAAGCCAGCGUCGCUUGAGCAACCAUCGAGCAGCAGCCUUUCUACCACCACAAGUAGUGUUACCUCAAUGACCUCGCUGGAGCAUGAGAGCAAUGAGACCUCCGCCUCGGCCUCCGACUAUGGCAACAACGAUUGGGACAACGAAAACUGGGGGAAAUGGAUGUAAGCAUAAAGCCAUAAAACCAUAAAGAAAGACUUACAUUAAAUGGGUUUUCCGCAGACCUCUCAGGAUCCCAGCAGUCCGCUGGCAGCCACCUCCAACAAUGGUGGUGCAUUGGUGGCCACCAAUGCCCUGAUUGAGGUGCGCGAUGGCUGGGACAACGAGGAAUGGGGUAGCCUCGAAGAGGAUCCGUGCGAGGAGGAGGAGCAGGCGGAACAGGAACACCAACAGCAGCAGCUGUUGGCAAGACAAUCGAUAUCCUCCACAACAUCAUCCAGUCAGCAGCAGCAGCAUCGUCCGCUGCUGCCGCACCAGCAUCCGCAUCAACAGCAGCUGCAGCAGCACGAACUAAACGAGCUGAUCGAACCGCUGGCCAAACUCAAUUCCCAUGUCACGUCGCCGUCGAAGAGCCAGCAGCAGAACAUGCUGCGGCCCAAGGAGCUGCCCAAUCUAUCCAGCAGCAAUACGUCGCCCACGUCGGCAACUGCCAAUUGCAAUAAUAUAAGCCCGCCUUCGUCGCAUUUGAAUAAUUCGACGCAUAAUGCCAAUUGGAAUAGCGAUUCGUGGGCCGAUGGUGAAUUUGAGACGCUGGAGGAGCCGGGUAUGGGCAAUAAACUGGAUGAUGCGCGGCGCAAGCGCGAGGAGAAGAAACUGCAGCGACAACGUGAACUGGAGGCUCGUCGCGCCCAGCGAGCGACUGGCCCAUUGAAAUUGGGCGCCAAAAAGCUUUAAAAGUAAUAACCGAAUAACAGCAUUGUGUGUUUUAUAUAGCUGUUAUUUCCAUAACCCCCUCUCCCCUCAAUUAAAUUUAAGCUCCCAUAAAGUGUAUUUGUAUAUUUCUAAAUGCGUGUGUGCAUCCCCCCUGUGUAUGUGUGUGUACUCGUAAAUGUUUUGCAUUCAAUGCAAUCUCAGUGUUUUUUGGAGCCUCCAAUUUCGAUACAGUUUAUAGCCAUAUUAUACAUAGUCGUAAUGCCGGCACCCGAUAUUCACUAAUGUAUCUCUCUUACGAAAUUUCAAAUGUAAAGCACUGUAAUUAAAAAUGUAAUUUAUAUUUAUAUAAAACCCCCUCCCCCCAAGCAGUAGUUAGUAAAUAUGUAACUUCAAAUUUGUACUUUUUAGUAAUCGAAAGAAAUCAACUAAAAUAUAGCGAUGAGCCCUUGCCCUUGCAGGGCCAACUCAACGUAGCCUGUGUUGAGAUUACAUUUUGAUAUAAGAAAUGUUAGAAGAAAGCAUGUCCAAGGUCCGAAUCUCUGCAGGGGAUCCAUCUGCAGGGAAUUUUUGUGUAAAUUGAGGUGUGAAAGGAUUCAAUAUCAAAGUUGGAAGAUGGAUAAACGGAAAGUGAAAUCUUUUCCCACUCCUACUAUCAGUGUGUGCCUGUUUUUCUCUCUCUCUCUGUGUGGUUGUCUGUGUGUGCUUGAGCGUUUUCCUAACUUAUUUUACUCGCCAAUUUUCCAAGCUAGAAAAGAAAAGUAUUCCAUAUUAGAUUUUCUAGCAGCGCUGUAAGAAGACAAACAUUUAAAUGAAUAAAUAAAAAAACAAAAUAAAAAAUAUUUUUGCGAAUAGAGAGCGUAACCAAAAAUUUGUGAAUUUUAAUACAUUAAUAUACAAAAAAAAAAUAUAAUACAAAGUACAUAUUUUUAUAUAGCUCAUAAUAAAUGGAAACGAAUUAAAUAGAACCAACAGCAACUAACAAACAAACAACAAAAAAAAAAAAGAGAAAAAACGCAAACCAAACACAAGCAAUUAGUGAAUGGAAACAAAUUUUGAUAGCUUUUCCACAGAAAUAACAUUUUUGAAUCGUAUGUAGUUGAAAUUGCACUUGUUAUAUUGAUGAUAAGUAUCGUAUCCUAUGUUUGCUGCAUACAUAUGUACAUACGUAUGUAUGUAUGUAUGGUAGGAUCGUGAUUAAUUGCGUUUUCUUUUUCUACGGCAUUUUUAAAGUAUUUUCCCCGAGUAAGGAACAGCACCAAAAAACCGCAAGGCCAUUUAUUGCAUGUGAAAACUAUUAGAGUUGCCUAAGCAUUACAAAAACACACUGAUAACUUUUGAAAGUCCUGUACAUAUACAAAUAUAAGUAUACCAGAUUAUACAUACAUACAUAUACCUUAACAUACAUAUAUGCCGAUUUUUUCCAAUACCUCAAUAUCAGUGUACAAUUUUUCCAUAAUACAUAUAUUUUUGAAAUACGAAAAUAAUAACCCAAAAUGAAAGUAACAAACAAAAAACAAAAGUGUUGAAUUUUUGAAAUCUCAUUGUUGUCGAAGCAGCAGCAGCGUCUGUGUGUGUGUAUGGGAAAACAUAUACCUUUUGCAUACAUUCCAAGCAAACAUAUUGUAUAUUUGUAAUUUAUGCAACUCGACCCACAGCUCCCCUAUGGUCACGCCUUCAGCCUCCAGUCUACAGUCUCUCGUUCCUCAAGCUCCCUGGCAUUCAUUGGCAAAACAUUUUUCGUACAAUCCAAAAAAUUCUCUCAGAAAAUUCAACAUUUGAAUAAAAAUAAAAGAAAAACAUAUAAUUGAUAUAUGGAAAAUUUAUU